ACCUGAUUCAGCACCGCGGAGAGCUCCCGGUUGGUGGGAAUAUUUGGCAGUUCAGCACCGAGGACAGAUCCCGGCUCAUGGACAGCUCGGCGCUGCUCGCCCGUACACUUCCUGAGCUGGAUGUGAGCUCCGGUUAGCGGUCCCGGAGGGCUCUGGAAGAGGCUGGAAAUAGAACAACACCCCACUCAGCAGGAUGGGCUACCGACUCUAUGCACUCAUGUUACUCAUACGUUUCCUCUGUUAUAUAACAGCCUGCACCACAGUGUCAUGUCUGCAGAGGACGCGCUCUCACGCGGAAGAACGCCUGUUCAAGAGCCUGUUCAAUGGGUACAAUAGAUGGUCCAGGCCUGUGCCGAAUACCUCAGACGUCGUCAUUGUAAAGUUUGGAUUGUCCAUUGCCCAGCUCAUAGAUGUGGAUGAAAAAAAUCAAAUGAUGACAACUAAUGUUUGGCUAAAACAGGAAUGGAAUGACUACAAGCUCCAGUGGAACCCCGCCGAUUAUGAUAACGUCACGUCCAUCCGCGUUCCUUCAGAGAUGAUAUGGAUUCCGGACAUUGUCCUUUACAACAACGCCGAUGGAGAGUUUGCCAUCACCCACAUGACCAAAGCGCACCUGUUCCACACAGGGAAAGUUCAGUGGGUCCCACCCGCCAUCUACAAAAGCUCCUGCAGUAUCGAUGUGACCUUCUUCCCAUUCGACCAACAGAGCUGCAAGAUGAAGUUCGGCUCUUGGACGUAUGACAAAGCCAACAUUGACUUGGAGAGCAUGGAGCACAAUGUGGACCUGAAGGACUACUGGGAGAGCGGCGAAUGGGCCAUUGUCAAAGCCGUUGGGACGUACAACUCUAAGAAAUAUGAUUGCUGCACGGAAAUUUACCCUGAUAUUACGUACUACUUCAUCAUUCGGAGGUUACCCUUGUUCUACACCAUUAAUCUAAUCAUCCCAUGCCUCUUGAUAUCUUGCCUUACCGUCCUGGUGUUCUACCUACCAUCGGAUUGUGGCGAGAAGAUCACUCUGUGUAUCUCAGUCUUGUUAUCUCUUACCGUGUUCCUUCUGCUGAUUACGGAGAUCAUACCAUCCACGUCAUUGGUGAUCCCUUUGAUUGGGGAGUACCUCCUGUUCACAAUGAUCUUUGUCACACUCUCUAUAGUCAUCACUGUCUUUGUAUUGAACGUCCAUCAUCGAUCGCCAAGUACUCACAAGAUGCCUCUUUGGGUUCGUUCUGUCUUUCUGGAGCACAUACCAAGAUGGCUCUUCAUGAAGAGACCGCCGGCUCCAGUAGAGAAAAUUAUCAGUCAGUACGACACGCCGGAGCUUAAACUCAGUACCUCUAAAUAUUGGAUGGAGACGAACGUGGACGAGAAGUGGGGGGAGCCAGAAGCUGAGUUGCAGCCAUGUAACGUCCAUCACGUGUCCACCCACAACCACAACCUUCAGUAUCGAUAUGACUAUAACCACCCAGUGCCUGGGGGGCAAUGCCAGACCCCUCGUCAGAACAAGGCGGAGAACAGUGAAUCCAAUUUCUUGCUCUCCCCGAGUAUAUUAAAAGCUUUAGAGGGUGUUCACUACAUAGCAGAUCACCUGAGGGCUGAAGACGCUGACUUUUCCGUGAAGGAAGACUGGAAGUACGUGGCCAUGGUCAUAGACCGGAUAUUCCUCUGGAUGUUCAUCAUCGUCUGUUUGUUAGGAACGUUGGGGUUAUUCUUGCCCCCCUUCUUGGCCGGAAUGAUCUAGGAUCCCAGUUGCUAGGCCGUCUUCUGGUGGAGAGCUCCUC